CGCGCAGGUCCACCGCGCAGCUCCAACGCGCAGCUCAUUGCUACCGGAAGUGGACGGCCCUCUCUGGUACAAUGGCGCCUCUGGAUCUGGAUAAAUAUGCAGAGAUCGCUAAACAGUGUAAAUAUCUCCCUGAAAAUGACCUGAAGAGAUUAUGUGACUACGUGUGCGAUCUUCUACUGGAGGAGUCCAACGUUCAGCCUGUUUCUACUCCUGUAACAGUGUGUGGAGACAUACAUGGACAGUUCUACGAUCUUUGUGAACUCUUCCGAACUGGCGGCCAGGUUCCUGACACAAAUUACAUCUUUAUGGGCGACUUUGUUGAUCGAGGAUAUUACAGUUUGGAGACGUUUACCUAUCUGCUGGUUCUGAAAGCCAAAUGGCCCGACCGAAUCACUCUCCUCCGGGGAAACCACGAGAGCAGGCAGAUCACUCAAGUUUAUGGCUUUUAUGAUGAGUGCCAGACAAAGUAUGGAAAUGCAAAUGCCUGGCGUUAUUGCACCAAAGUAUUUGAUAUGUUGACAGUUGCAGCUCUGAUGGAUGAGCAGAUCCUGUGUGUCCACGGUGGCCUGUCUCCAGACAUAAAGACCCUUGACCAAAUCAGAACCAUCGAGCGGAACCAGGAAAUCCCCCACAAAGGAGCGUUCUGUGAUCUGGUGUGGUCCGACCCGGAGGACGUGGAUACCUGGGCCAUCAGCCCCCGGGGAGCCGGCUGGCUCUUCGGUGCUAAGGUCACCAAUGAGUUUGUUCACAUCAACAACCUGAAGCUGAUCUGCAGGGCCCAUCAGCUCGUCCACGAAGGCUACAAGUUCAUGUUUGACGAGAAGCUGGUGACCGUGUGGUCGGCCCCCAACUACUGCUACCGCUGCGGCAACAUCGCCUCCAUCAUGGUCUUCAAAGACGCUAACACACGGGAGCCCAAGCUCUUCAGAGCCGUACCCGACUCUGAGAGGGUGAUCCCGCCCCGCACAACCACCCCGUACUUCCUGUGAGCCCUUCACGCCCACGCAGCUCAGUGCAGUUACUGACGGGGAAGAGGCACGGCAUAUACAUUUUGUAAAUUACUGUGUGUGUGUUAACAGUGCUUUUCUUUUCUUGUUGCCAACUCUUCAUUAUUCCUGCUCUGUGCAGUUAAUGCCAUUAUUCUGCAGCUUAAAUAAAAGUGGGAAACCACAGCACAGUAACCUUGCUGAGCAUCAUCACUAACUGUUGUUAGAGGAAGGACUGAAGGAAGCUGACCCUUGUAAAAUAUUUAUAAAUCUCCAAUGUAUUCCAAAAUGAAAUUGAUUGCUAGAGCAGUGUUAUCGAUUGUUUCAUUUUACUUUGUUACAGUGAUAUUGUUGAGCUGGAUGUAAAAUAAAAGCACUGCAGAAAAGUAAACUAUUAUGACAAGUCUCA